ACAACAAAAAAAUAAUGAAGAAACCUUCUCCAACUCAAAUAAUGGGGAAAUAGAGUCCUAAUUCAAGAAGGGAAGCUGACUUUUAAAUCUAUUAAAGGACAGACGAGAUCUGGAGGCGGAGGGGCAAAUACGGAGACGGAUAGAGAAGAGAUCAGACGACAGAGCACUUGAGCAACGCCGGCUGGGGUUUCGACCCUAGCCGGACUGGAUUCCGAUGAAGACGGCGGCAUCAGUUCUGGCGGCGGGCAUGAUUUCUGGCGAAGAUGGCGGCAGAUUGGCAGGGACAGCUUGGGCUACUGGAGGCGGCGACUCAAUUCUGGUCCAGUUUGGUAAAUUGUUCGAACAGAGAAUGAGGUCAGGGAGUAACAUUUUCCAGUUUAAUUGUUUUGUUUGCAUCUACUUCGUGGGAUUUUAGCUUUGGGACAGUCCCAAACUCCCAAUUGAUGGAUGUGGUAUUCAAAUUAAAUAUUUUUAAUAUCAAUUCUUAUUCAUGCUUGUUGAAUAUUUAAGUUAUUUUACAAGUGUUGAAUUGUUUGUGUGUUGAUGUUGAAUUGUUUAAAUUUGAUCUAUUAAUAUAUUAUUGUCUUGGAAUUAAAUCUUUGAUUUGAUU